AUGUCAAAUUUGACAAAGCUGAAAUUCGUGGCCCUGGAUAUUUUUGGGAAAAAUUAUUUAUCUUGGAUUCUGGAUGCUCAGAUCCAUUUGGAUGCCAUGGGCCCUGGUGACACAAUUAAAGAAAACAAUGAGGCAUCAUUGCAAGAUAAAGCAAAUGCCAUAAUUUUUCUCCGGCGCCAUAUUAGUGAGGAACUGAAAACUGAAUACCUCACUGAAAGAGAUCCACUUUGUUUGUGGAAUAAUUUGAAAGAAGGAUAUGAUCAUCAAAAAACAGUCAUCCUCCCAAAGGCCAGGGCUGAUUGGCUGCAACUGAUGUUGCAAGAUUUUAAAAUUGUUGCUGAAUAUAAGUCUAUUCUAUUCAAAAUCAGCUCUACAUUGAAAUUAUGUGGUGAUACUGUUACUGAUGAACUGUUGCUAGAAAAAAUAUUCACCACAUUUCAUGCCUCGAAUGUACUCUUGCAACAACAAUAUCGAGAGCAUAGAUUUAAAAAAUAUUUAGAGCUGAUAUCAUGUUUGCUGGUGGCAGAGCAAAAUAAUGAGCUUUUAUUAAGAAACCACCAGUCUCGUCUAACUGGAUUGACACUGAUCCCUGAAACAUAUGUUGCCUCAUCCCAUGGUCGUGGAUGCGGACGUGGACGUGGUUGUGGUGGUAAAAAUGGCCACAAUAAUGAAUAUGGUCGUGGUAAAAAUAACUACCGCAAUAAUGACUAUGGCCGUGGGCAUUGGCAAAGUAUAUGUCGUACAUCGAAGCAUCUGGCUGAUCUUUACCAAGCCUCAAUGAAAGAAAAGGGAAAACAAAAGGAAAUGAAUUUCCUUGAUCAUGAUGAGCCAGUUGACACCACAAAUAUGGAAAUGAAUUUCAUUAAUCAUGAUGAGCCAGUUAACAUCACCAAUCUGGAUGUAUCAGAUUUUUUUGAUGAUCAUGAUGAAAGGAUAGACUUCCUGAUUGAUGAUGGAAAUGUCAACACCAGUUAA